GUGAUAAUGAAGAUUCGUCUUAUCAACAAUUGAUAACCAACAUGACAAUUGUCUAAAAUUAUUUUUUAUUUUACUUAAUCAAUUGUUAAUUGAUUUUUAAAUUUAACUCUGACUAAUCUGUCAUUUAAUUCAUAAUUUUGGAUUAUUUUUGACAGCUACCAAAAUUUAAAUGAGCGCGCAAUUUUUUAAAUUUUUAAAUAAAUAAAACUUCAUAAAUUGUCUCAUGUCUGCUACAUUCACACUCGUAAAAUGAACUGUCAGAUAAACAAUGGAAUGAUUUGCAAUAAUUGUUAAAAACAAUUUAUAUAAAAAUGUUUAAAAAAUACAAAUGACAGCUGUUGUUGAGGUUAUGUUUAAUAAAAAAAAAAAAUAAUUAACGAUGAGUUCGUCAUAUGUAUCACGAGUGAACCAACUGGAUGCUGGGAAAUUAGACGAUGAAAUAUUUCGUAUAUUUUCAACAAAAAUCCACGAGUCUUCACAGCUAUUUGCCCCAGGUGUCAUCGAGAGAUGGAGCCCGGAGAUAAACGCAAGUCUGCGGACAAUCAUAUGGGUGUGGACUUUGAUUCGAGGUAAAUCAACACUUGGACAAAAGUUAUUAAAUUUAACAUACGCAGAUUUAACGAAAAACAAGGCGGUGCUGCUGGUGUUGAUGUCGGUGGUGCCUCAUUACCUUGAAGAAAAAUAUUUAGAUCCUAAUAGAUUAAUUAGCGCGCGGACGAAACCGUUCGUUAAAUACCUAGACGUCAUAUCAACUGCAGUUAGUGCGCUGAGUUUUUUGAACCUGCUAAUUUUUUUACAUCGUGGAACUCAGCCGUUUCUGAAAGAACGUCUGCUGGGUAUCCGCAGCUCCAAUGUCACUAGUCAUGUGUUCCGUGAUAUUGGGUACUCGUUCAUGAUAAGAGAACUACUGUGGCAUGGUUUGAUAAAUCUAUUCAGCACCGGUUUGCCCAUGAUCAAUUAUCAUUACAUGAGACAAUUAUUCCGUAAAUUAUUCCCGAAAUCUCAGGCUGUGAUAAACGAAACUCCUAGCAUGGAUUUAAAUACCCUCUGUCCUUAUUGCAAUCUUACUCCAGUGUUACCUCGACACGCUGGCUGCUGUCAUCUUUACUGUUACUACUGUAUGCAAGCGCACUUUACUGCUGCUGAGAGCUUCGAUUGUCUUGCCUGUGGUGCUGAGUUACAUCGUGACAAUAUGAAAGCUUAUAUUGUUUUACCUGAUCAUAAAUAAAUUUUUAAAUAACUCGACCCAGCUACAAAUGUCAAUUACUAUGCCUCUACCUCUCCAAGUGAUACGAAGCGUUGGAGAUCUUCAAUCAUCAGAUCCUUCUUACCGUAGGAUGAUUUUUUUACUGAUACUGAUAUUGAACUUUAAUUGUUUUGAUAAAAGAUAUUUUUUAACGACUUAGAUUUAAUUAAAGGUAAGAGACCCAGUACCCGAUCACUUAUAUAUUUGUAUAUUUAUAUUUACUAAAUAGAUACAAAUAUAUGGAGUGAUUGAGUACUAGUUCCCUGGUCGGGUACUAGAACUUUUACUUUAUUUACAAAUAAAAUUAAUGCAAUUUCAUGAUACCAGCAUCAAAAUUUAAAGUUUGCGUCUCUACAGACAGUUGAAACAAAGCUAAUUUCAGUCCAAUGCCGCGAAUUAAUAGUAAACGCGUAAAUUGUAAAUCCUCAGUCAGCGGGCAAAAACAAACUUUAGUCCCGAGGGAACAAACAAAAUGUUUCUGCCCGCUGACUGAAGGCUUUCGCAAUUUAAACUCUGAUACUUGUCAUAUAAUAGUAAUUUCAGACACUUAAUUUUAUUUACUUAAAUGACAGUUCUGUGAUUAAGUUUUAUAAAAAUUACUGUGAAUAAUAAAUAGUAUUUAGUUUCUGCUUAAUUAGAAACCGCAAAUGACAAUUUACGCUUACUAAUAGUUGCUGCUAAAUUAACUUGUUUCUGAUCAGCUGCUGACAUAAAACUUCAAGUUUCAAUACAGGUAAUCAUGAAAAAUCGUGUGUAACUCAGGUUGAAAGACAAUUUCAGACUGCGGAUGGCCAGCCAACUUCACUCCGAUCUGAAAUUGUCAUCCCUUGUCACAUAAUUUACUAUUAUAAUAAAAUGACUAGUGUAAUUAUCAAGUGCUUUGAUGGCUGACUUGUCAGCUUAUUGAUGUUAAUUUAAAUAAAUUAAUUUAUUUAUCUUAUGACUAAUAACUUAUACUUAAGAAAUAAACUCUAUAGUUUUUUUUUAUUUAAAAAAGUAUCAAUUUUAUUUUUCAUGCAUAGCCACAGGGAUUGAUUCAACAUUUAUAUUUAUUGUUAACAAAUAUUUACGGAUUGUUUUUUUUUCUUAUCAAAAUAGUUUACAUUUCCGUUUCAACGAAGAAAAAAAAAUUUAUUUAAUUACAUGUUUUUUGUCUAUUGCUUUGCUUAUCAAAAUGAUUAAGUGAAUCUUUUUUAAAUAUCGUUAUAGAUUUAAAUAUUAAUAACAAUCAUUAUUAUUAUUAAUAUGUAAAUAUUAAGCUGAAAAUAUGAAUAUUAUCCAUUGUAAAAUGGUCACAAUCCUAAAAGAAUGAUGUCCGUGUUUACAUAAUCGAAGAAUUAAUUUUACUUCGAUUUAAAUUUUAUUUUUUAUGAUCCUGCAACAUUUUGCGAUUGAAAAAAAAUAAUCGAUUAUUUUUAAAAAUAAAUAUGAGACUGAAUAAAUAUUUAUAUUUAAAUGUUGAAAGAUCUGUCACCUGGAUUAUUUAAUUAAGAUUCACUUAAUCAUUUUUUCCAUUAAAUUUUUUUUUAUUGGGAAUAAAUUUAGAUUUUAAUGGACAGUUGAAAAAAAGUUUAAUUGAAUUGGGCUGAUUGUAUAAUUUGGGAUUGACAAGCAAUAGUUUUUACAAUCUCCGUGCAUUAAUUGUUUACUUAACUCUUAACUCGAUUUUAUUUUUAAAUUCAUAAAACAUGCAAAGAAAAAAAAAUAUUCAUAUCAAAAGGAAAAAAAAAUGAAUUAUUAUUUUUAUUUUUAUUCAUGAGUAAAUGGUACGAGAUGUCAGGGUGGUAACUGAUGGUAAGAAACAAUUAUUAAAACGAGGGACUUAUUUUAUAUUUUUUAAACGAACACAAGUAUUUUUACUGUCGUUAAAUUUAUGAAAACUCAAAUAAAUUUAUUCCGACAAUUUUAUUCAUUUUUUUUUUUAUACUCAAUUAUCAUGAAAAUAUAAACUAAAUAAUAUUGUGCGACUUUACUCUACUCGUUUAAAUAUUAUUUAUCAUUAAAUCAUGGUAGUUAGUUAUUAUAAAUGAACACCGCAACAAUUAUCUUCAAUUAAUUGCUUUUAAAACUCUGUGUUUAGUCAAAAAACUAUUAACAGUAAAAAAAAAAAAAAAAAAAAUUAUUUAUAUUUUAGUCAAGUGUAAGAGCGUUUGUGAGCAAAGCUCAUUACCUAACGCAUUAAAGUGGAGUAAAGAAAAAAAAAUUUAUAAUAAUUAUAAUAAAUAAAUAAUAAUAAUGUUUAAAAUAAUAAUUUAGAUUGAGAAAAAUAAUUUUAUCGGUUCGCGAGUGCUAAUGGCUCAAAUAAAAUCGUACCUAUUUCUCUUCCUCACUCAUUGGGUAUUAAAAAAAAAAUUAAUUAUCAAAUUUUAAUAAUACUGAAGUUAACUGACGUUUAACAAUUUUUGGAUUUUUUUAAAAAUGAUAAAUUAUAAAAAAAAAAUAUUCGAAAAAAUUGCACUUGUAGUUUUUUCAAUUUCUUACAUGUGCAUAUUUUUAGUUUAUUUUUUUUUAAAUUCAACUGCUAAAAAAAAUCCAAAAAUUGUUAAUUGUCCAUGAACUUCAGGAUCAUCAUUUUAACAGACUUUAGUUGAUAAUUAUCGUACAGUGAGGGAAAUUAUAAUUAUAAUUUUUAUCGUAUUAAAUAAUUUUUUUUGACCUUUAAUAUUUUUUCAUGCAUAACAAUCUAUUAAUAUUUAAUUAAAUCUUUUAUUAUUAAUCAUUAGCAUGCAAAUAACUAGAUUCACUUAACGCAAAUGCAUUCAACGCCCUCUAAAAAUCAAUUAAUAAUUAAUAUAAUUAAUAAUAAUAAUAAAUAAGCUAUCGUUAAACAAAAUAAAACUCGAAAAUCUCAACAAUUAAAAUUUUCUACAAAGCCGGGAGCUUUGGUAAAGUAUAAAUAAAUUUAUUAACGAGUAUAAAUAUAAAUAAAUUAGAUAUUAUAUAUAUAAAUCGAUGAGUUUUCGAGCUUAGUCGAAAUUAAUUAUUUAUUUCGCUAAUACAAAUAGACGCUGGAUGCAUUUGAUUAAGUGAAAAUAAUAUAAAUAUGUAAAUAAAUUGAUUCUUUGCAACGCUUUACGUGUAGCUACGAUCGAUCGAUUUACAGAUACUCGUGAAAUAAUAUUUUACACGAGUUCCGUACAUGAAACGCUCAUUAUCAUCAUCAUUAAAUCAUCACAGACAAAUUUAAAACGAUUGGAAAUCAUCAUACAUAACAAUUCCAAUCAUUUAAUAUACAAUAGUAUAUAUUUGAAGAGUUUACAACUCAAGUUAUGUCGCGUAUCUGUUAUAAUUUACAAAAAGAAACGAAAAAAAAAAUUGAUAAUUUAUUCCUCGUGCUUUAAUUCACACGUGAUCGCCCGCAAUUACGCGUCCAAACACAAGGAACGCUAGUUGAUUUUUUAACUACUUACAUAACAAUUAUAAAUAUAUAUAUUUAUGUUUAUAUAUGUAUAAGUAUACACAAAAAAAAAUUUUUCUUGGCUCAGUAAAAUUUUUCUCUCCAAGAAAAUUUUUUACGGCCGAGUAAAAAUUUUUCGCGCCAAGAAUUUUUUUUUUGUGUAUUUAUAUAAAAUAAAAUUAAUUUAUAUCGAUUAAUAAUAAUUAUAAUUAUAAUAGCGAAUUUUCCUAUCUCGCUUACGAGGGAGAGAUCCUGCGAGCGCGAAAAAAAUAAAUAUGAAAAAAAAAAAAAAAAAAA